ACCGCUCACAGCAGCGCCAUGAAGAUCCUCCUCAUCGCUAUUGGAGUGGCCCUCCUACUGGACCCCUGCCAGGCGGAGCUCAAACCUGGACUUUCCAAGCAUGGUGGCCUCAGUCGAACGAUCGGCGGCUCUGAAGCCAAACAAGGCGACGCUUUCAAGCUGAAACCGGGAGGAGGGACUGGUGGAGUAGCUGAGGGAUUUAAAGACGGACACAGCUUGGGAUCUUUUGGAUUUGGACACGGUGGAGGAUCUAUUGGCCCUGGACUCGUUGGAGGAUCUGUUGGCCUUGGACUCGGUGGAGGAUCUAUUGGCCUUGGACACGUUGGAGGAUCUAUUGGCCCUGGACUCGUUGGAGGACCUAUUGGCCUUGGACAUGGCGGAGGAUCUGUUGGCCUUGGACACGGUGGAGGAUCUGUUGGCCUUGGGCAUAGUGUAGGAUCCGUAGGAGCCGUUGGUCUUAAACACGAAGGAGGAUCUAUUGGCCUUAAACAAGGUGGAGGAUCUGUUACUGGACACGUUGGAGGACCCAUUGGCCUUAAACAAGGUGGAGGAUCCGCUAUUGGACACGGUGGAGGAUCCGUUAUUGGACACGGUGGAGGAUCCAUUAUUGGACAUAGUGGAGGAUCCGUUGGACUAAAACAUGGUGGAGGAUCCAUCGGUUUUGGACAUGGAGGAUCCUUCGGUAUUGGACAUGGUGGAGGAUCCGUUAUUGGACACGGUGGAGGAUCCGUUGGACUAAAACAUGGAGGAUCUGUCGGAAGCGGACAUGGUGGAGGAUCCGUUAUUGGACAUGGUGCAGGAUCCGUUAUUGGACAUGGUGGAGGAUCCGUUGGUAUUGGGCAUGGUGGAGGAACCGUUGGUUUUGGACAUGGAGGAGCAUCUAUUGGUCUUGGACACGAUGGAAGUUCCAUUGGUUUUAAACAUGGUGGAGGAUCCGAUAUUAUUGGACAUGGUGGGGGAUCCGCUGGUCUUAAACAAGGUGGAGGAUCCAUUGGUCUUGGACAUGGUGGAGGAUCCGUUGGCUUUGGACACAGUGGAGGAUCUAUUGGUCUUGGGCACGCUGGAGGAUCUAUUGGUCUUGGGCACGCUGGAGGAUCUAUUGGUCUUGGGCACGCUGGAGGAUCUAUUGGUCUCGGACACGCUGGAGGAUCUAUUGGUCUUGGACACGCUGGAGGAUCUAUUGGUCUUGGACAUACUGGAGGAUCUAUUGGUCUUGGACAUGGUGGAGGAUCCGCUGGUAUUGGACAUGGAGGAGUACCGGUUGGUUUUGGACAUGGGGGAUCCUUCGGGGCAUUACAUGGAGAGUCUGAUAGCGUGGAAAAGAUUGCUGGUGUAGGAUCUGAUGGGCUUGGACAUGGAGGAGGAUCCCCUGGUUUUGGGCACGUAGGCUCCUUCGGUGAAAUACAUGGCGGAUUUCAAAGUGUCGAAAAGGAUAAAUCUGCAAUUUUAGGUGGACAUGUUGGGUCUGCCGCUUUGGGCCAUGGUGGAGGCGACAUUAUUGGACAUGGGGGACAUAUUGGGAUUGGACAUGGUGCAUCUGUUGGUGCUUUACACGGUGGACCCCUUACCAUUGGACACAGUGGAGCAGGUGAUGUUGGACAUGGUGUUGGACCCAUUGGAAUUGGAUAUCAGGGUCCCAUUGGUGGACAAGGUGCUCUUACCAGUGGUGGACACAGUGAAGCCAUUGGUGUUAAACAAGAGGGCCCCUUUGGUAUUGGACAUGGUGGACACGUUGGUACUGGACACGGUGGAGCCGCAGGUGUAGGACAUGGUGGAUCCUCUGGUUUUGGUCAAGGUGGAGCCGUCAUUGGUCUAUUUGGUCCUAUUGGUGGUGGACUUGGUCCCGUCGGUGGUGGACUCGGUCCUGUAGGAGGUGGACUUGGUCCUGUCGGAGGUGGACUUGGUCCCGUCGGUGGCGGACUUGGUCCCGUAGGUGGUGGACUUGGUCCCGUCGGUGGUGGACUUGGUUCCGUCGGUGGUGGACUUGGUCCCGUCGGUGGUGGACUUGGUCCCGUCCGUGGUGGACUUGGUCCCGUCGGUGGACUUGGUCCCGUCGGUGGUGGACUUGGUCCCGUCCGUGGUGGACUUGGUCACGUCGGACAUAGUCCCAUCGGUGGUGGACAUGGUGGAAUCAUCGGUGCUGAUUUUGGUGGAAAAAUUAAUAGUGGACAUCUCGGGCCCAUCGGGGUUCAUGGUGCCUCUAUUAGCUUAGGACACCCUGGAUCUUUAGGAACCGGGCAUGGUGUAACUGGGGGUGUUGGACAUGGUGGGUCCACAGUAAGUAUCGGUUCGUUUAGCGGUGGCCAUGGUAUCUCAUCCAAAGAUGGACAUAUUGGAUCAGUAGGUGUACAGUCUAUUGUCGGUGGCGGACACAGUGGAGUCAUCGGAGGCGCUCAUGGUGGAGUUGUGACCGAUAAGGGACGAAACGGCGCUGCUGUUGGGGGGUCUGUUAUCGGAGGAUCACAUGGAAAACAUCGCGGUCAUGUAGCAGGCGUCUCUGAAGGCAAGAAGUCGAUUGGGAGAGUCGGAGAAAUACAUGCAAGUGCCCUGACCGAUUCCAAAGGGCACGGCGACUCUGCUGUAUUCGUAUCUAAAGGAUCCAUUAGUGGUGGGCAUUCUGGUGGCGCAGCCAUCACUAAACAUCAAGGAGGAAUUUCUGGAGAGGCAGGAAAGUUUGGGUCUCGUCAAGGUCACGCUGGUGCAGUGGUCGCCACUAAGCAUGGAGGCAUCCCUGGAUCGGUAGGAACAUUUGGGAGUGUCGGAAGACACACUGGCGAGGCAUCCAUCACUGAAGGGCAUUUAGGACCAGUUGGAUUCUCAUCUGGAAUUAACAUUGUAGGUGGACACGCAGGUUUGGGUGUCUCAGGUGUACACCAAGGACAUCUGGGAGUGGCAUCUGUUGGCCUAGGACCUGUUGGAGGAAGAAAAAUUAAUGACGGACAUUUAGGAGUUGGUGCGGCUGGGCUGGGCACUGCCAGUUUCGCUGUAAAAGGUGGUCAUGGUGCUGGUUUCGGAAGUGGUAUCGGUGGCCCUGGACUCAUCAUUGACGGUGACACUGAACACAGUGCUCCUGUUGGUAGUUUGUCUGGAGUAGGUCAAUUUGGAAUUGUCGGAGGUGGUCAUGGUGGUUUUGUAUCCACUGGAGGUCAUGGGACAAGCUUUGGUGGUGGACAAGGAUUUACUUUAGGAAGUCCUGGAGGUGUGGCUGCUGGCAGUUUCUCUCAGGAGAAAGAACAUAGAGGAGGCGUCUUAACAGGUGGUGGCUCUGUACCCACCCAGUACGGUACUCCAACCGUUAGUUUCUCCGGAAGUGAUGGUGGGGCCGGUCUCGGAGCUUCCGUCAUCCCCGGGGGGGAGAUCGGAGGCGAGAAAACUGGAGACGGGCUCGAAAUAUACCCGACUCCGGGGCAGUUCAUCGGCACCUUUGAUGAUGAUGGGUUACGAUUUGGGAAUCAUGAAGGGGCAAGCCAAACCAGACACGGCAGCAGCGUUGGUGCAAAACAAAGAAACUUAGGCGGUGGUGGUGGCGGCUUCAAAUCUGCUGCAGCUCAACGCAGCAAAUCUGACAAAGACUCUAUUUUUCUUGACGGAGACUCUGCAGGCAAAGGCCAUGGUAGCUCCGCUUCCAAGGAACGCAGCAAAAUUGCAGGCUCCUUGCACGGAGGUGAUUCCUUAGGGGCCAUUCAUGGAGGUGGUGGUUCCUUACGGGCCAUUCACGGAGGCGGUUCCUUAAGUGCCAUUCACGGAGGUGGUUCCUUAGGUGGCGUACAUGGAGAUGGUUCAUUAGGCACAAAACAUGGAAGUGUCUCCUUCGGAGGCUUUCACGGAGCUAGUUCCCAAGGUGCAUUACAUGGAGGGAGUUCGUUAGGUGGUCUACAAGGAGGUGGGUCCCUAAGUGUCUUCCAAGGAGGUGGCUCUGUAGGCGCAAUUCAUGGAGGAAGUUCUCUAGGUACCAUUCAUGGAGGUGGGUCACUAGGAGGCAGCUUCCUGCAGUCAGAUGCCCUGAAAUCAGUACAUGGAGGUAGUUCCCUAAGUACCAUUACCUUGGGACCUAAACACGGGGCCGUCGCCGUGGGAUCCGGACAUAAAAAACUCACCGGUAGGAAACACGGCACUCUUGCAAAUCACGGAGCCACUGCCAAAAUAAAUGUAAAUUUCGGGCCAUCUGAGGCCGCUUUUCACAAUAACAGAGGAAAAUUUUCUCAUUAAAUGGCCUCGCACGCCACUUUUCGACAGUAGCGAAGAGGGACACCCCCUUCCCUCAGAUAUUAUGCUUAAGUAAACAGGAGUUCAAAUGAAGAUGUUGUACUCGCAGUCAAAUAUACAUUACAAUAACAAUGUUGAACUUUGUUAAGUGAUAUGUUGAAUAUGUGUGUGUGUGUGUGUGUGUGUGUGUGUGUGUGUGUGUGUGUGUGUGUGUGUGUGUGUGUGUGUGUGUGUUUGGUGUCGUGUUUAUUAUUUUAUACCGAAACGUUUAUAAUGCAAUAAAUUUUAUUUUAAAUACAUUGUGUGUGUCAUAGAAAAUCCCCACGUGUAAAAUUCUACUCAAAAUACCACUGGCCACUAUAUGACCAAAACUAC